UGGUGUCCUCCCUUCCGCCUUUUGGGUGCUGGGCAGACCAAGGCCCUGCGCCUCCCAGCAUGCACAGGGCAGGGCGACUCAGAAAGAAAGACAGCGCGGAGUGUGGCACUGAUCUGCUGGGAGAUGCCUUCGACUGCACAGCAGCCCUCCGGGCAAACGGAGAUGCCCGCUGAGCCCGAGGCAGCCGUCCUGUGGCCCUCACUGCCAUGCGGGCCCUGCAUUCCCAUCAUGCUGGCCCUGGCCUCCCUGGCCGCCUUCUUCCUGGUGACCACAGCCGUGCUGGCCGAACGCCUGUUCCGCCGCUCGCUGCACCGAGCCCCCGGCCCCGACUCGCCCACGCUGGUGUGGCGCCCGGGCGGAGAGCUGUGGAUCGAGCCCCCCAGCUCGGCCAGGGAGCGUUCCGAGGACUGGUACGGCUCCGCGAUGCCGCUGCUGACUGAUCGGGCGGUUGACCCGCCCACCCCGGGGGGCACCUUGGAGGCCCGGGCCACGGCGCCCCCCGCCCCUCUGGCAUCGCACUCCGUUGCUCCCAGUUCCUUGCUGUCCAUGACGACCGCUCCUACCGUCCCGGCCCCCUGCACCUUCUGGGGGUCUCACCCAUGGGAGGAGAGACCCCACCAAGCGGGCCUGGUGCGCUGGUCGGAGCCGGAGCCGGAGCUGCGGCCAUCGCCGGCUCCGCGGCCAUCGCCGGCUCCGCGGCCAUCGCCUGCCCCGCGGCCAUCGCCUCCACUGCCAUCCCCACCGGCCCCGAGGGGUGGCGGCCCCCAGCCCUGGAGGCCACGACCCGGGAGCCCUGAGCCCGACUGGAGCCUGCAGCCCCGGGUCACACUGGAGCAGAUAUCAGCCUUCUGGAGGCGAGAAGGUCGGACCAGCAGCGUGGGAUUCUGAGCCCCCCAGACACCCUGCCUCAGGGGCACUCCAAGACUCAAGGUCCCAGCCACAGGGCAGCCCUAAGCCCACCUCACGGAUAGACCAUGCCCUUCCUGGCCUCUCUCUGGCUGGACCUCAGCUCCUUCCCUGGGUCUGGACAGUGAGCAGGCUCCACCACCCUGGCUGCAGGCUCGAACUGGCAGUGGGCCAGAAGAUGGCAUCUAGGGAAAGAACUCCAGGUAACAGGUGGGCAAGAAGGAGCACCAAGCUGACUGCUUCCACCAGAGGUCAUGAUUAAUCGUCACCCAGGACUGCAAUGGGUGGGGACGCCAAGGGUCAGCUGAGCCGUCAGGGGCUGGCGGCAUCUCAGCUUCCCAGAAGCCCACGACUCAGCUGACCUCCCUGUUCCCAGGCGGUCCCCCAGGAAAAUACAGAGAUAAGACCAACCUGGGCUAAGGAGGGGUCACCACAAAACCAAAACCACUGCUGACCUUGACUUCCUGGGGCACUGAGGAGGUGCUUGCUCGACCGUGGCAGGGAGGGGCCUCCCUUCCCUGCAGGCGGGGGUCAGAGCCUGUCAGGCUCCUGUGCCAGCGCUGAGGAAGACCUUGGCCUGGGAAAGCUGUGUGGGAUGUAAGAGAGAGCCAUUGACCCAGCCCAAGAAGGGUCCCAAAGUGUGACCACGACCGCCUUCCUGCUCUCCCAGGCAACAGUUGUCCACAGAGGCAGAGGUACCCCAAGACAGGCUUCCCUAUAAAGCUUCACCCGCUAAGAAAUGGAGCCCAGCCUGGCUAUAGCGCAACUGGCUAAUCCUCUCCCUGCAAGCGCCGGGAUCCCAUAUGGGUGCCAGUUCGUGUCCUGGCUGCUCCACUUGGCAUCGGAUUAGCUCAGCUCCGGCCAUUGUGGCCAUUUGGGAAGUGAACCAGUGAAUGAAAGAUCUCUCUGGUUUUCCUCUCUGUAAAUCUGAUCUGCCUUUCCAAUAAAAAUAAAGGAAAAUAAAAAUUACCUGGAAAACAUU